AUGGUCGUGCUUAAUGCAUUUACUUACAAGAAUGAGAAGGUGCAAAGGGAACCAGCCAGCUUUUACAUUUGGUUCUUCGUAGAUUUGAUUAUCACGAUACUCAUUACAGUCAGUGCAAUCGUCUUGAUUACUCAAGUAUCAGCGGUAUGCAGAUUCUUCAAAGAUCACGACUAUGUGAUAUACAUUCUUUAUUCAGUCGGUGCCAUACUCUUAUUUCUCUGUGUAUUCGUGACAAACUUUCAAUCGAAAUAUAUUCCGCUACGUAUACUUCUUGGAAUGGUGGUUGCAUUAUGGUCUGUCAGCUUUGCCACUGAGUUUGAAUCUGUUCAGAUAACAUUCGUAUUCAUAUCUCUGGGUGUGACAACUGCGGUAACAAUUACAGCAAUCAUUCUAGCUUUCAUGCUACCACCUUUGAAUGAUAAAGGUUUUGUUGUUUUCACAGGAAUAUCAAUGCUCCUUGCAGUUUCAGCUAUCAUCGUAAAGAUUUGUUGUUACUUGAUUACACAAAAUACUCAAGUAUUCUGCAUUGUGGCAGCGAUUCUCAUUGGAUUAUUCAUAUUCUUU